UACGUCACUCUCACUGCGCCAGUCGGUUCUGGGAGAGCUGCAGGAGAAGCGGAGAGAGCGGAUCGGCGACAGCAACAACAUGGCGGGGAAAAGCGGAGAGGAGAGACUGAAGGAGAUGGAGGCAGAGAUGGCGCUGUUUGAGCAGGAGGUCCUUGGUGCUCCUGUUGCGCUGCCUGCAGUUGAUCCUGUUCCUUUGGCUGCCCCUGCGGUCCCAGCAGUGCCCGUAGUCCCAGCUGUGCCAGCUGUUCCUGUUAUCCCGCCAAUGCCGGCAGUUCCUGUAAUUCGACCUAUUAUUGCAACAAACACCUAUCACCAGAUACAGCAGAGCUUGGAAGCCAGGGCAGCGGCUGCAGCAAGUGUGGUAGCUCCUAUGAUGGUCCCCCCUGUACAGUUUGUUGGUCCAGCUAUUCCUCCACCAAGGCCACCUAUGAUGAGACCUAGUUUUAUACCCCAUGCUUUACAGCGGCCACCUGAUCACCUACCUGCGAUGCCCCGGCCUUCCUUUAUACCCCACGUCCUCCAGCAGCGAGCAGUGGGCCCACGGCAUCUGGGAAUGCCUCCACCUCAGCCUCUAAUGAAUCCAAUGCAUGGUCCUCCCCCACCACUGAUGAGUCAUCAUAUGCCGCCGCCACCACCAUUAACCAUGCGAAGCGGCCCUCCUCCAGCUGCAGUGGGCCCCAUGCCACCCCCACCUCGAACUGUGCAAACCUCACCUAAAAUCAAUCCGACUGUCAUACAAGCCGCACCUACUGUAUACACUGCACCCCCUGUGAGAAAGCCUGAGGAGGAAAUAGUGGAGGUGCCAACCUUGCCUGAUGAAAAGGAGAUAAGUUUUGAUGAAACUGUGAUUGGCCCCAGCAUGCCUGAACUUGAACCUGUACAGCCUGAGCAGGUGGUGGUAGAACCAGUUCAGGAGGAUAAAAAGAAAGCAAAGCCAGAGAAAUUAAAGCGGUGUAUUCGUACAGCGGCUGGGACUAGCUGGGAGGAUCAGAGUCUGCUAGAAUGGGAUACAGAUGACUUUCGGAUAUUCUGUGGCGAUUUGGGUAAUGAAGUAAACGAUGAUAUUUUGGCUCGGGCAUUCAGCCGAUAUCCCUCGUUCCUGAAGGCCAAAGUGAUUCGUGACAAACGCACAGGGAAGACCAAAGGAUAUGGCUUUGUGAGCUUCAAGGACCCUAAUGACUAUGUGCGAGCCAUGCGGGAGAUGAAUGGAAAGUAUGUUGGCUCGCGGCCCAUCAAGCUCAGGAAAAGCAUGUGGAAAGACCGCAAUAUAGAUAUUGUGCGCAAGAAGCAGAGAGAGAAGAAGAAACUCGGCCUGAGAUAAAGUUACCCUUAAAGACUUGCUGUAAUAGACGAUGCCCUGGGGCCCACCGUGCAACCAAUGACUGGCUCGUAUCUUUGUGUACAUAUAGGGAAUAUUGUACAAUUAUUAUAGGUGCAGCGCUGUGGUUCACAAUGUCAGACAACUUUAAUAUGGAUAACAGAACUUUUUAUGGUGCUGUGUGAUGUAUAGUGUAAAUAAAUUCAUUGUGAUAUCAAAA